AAUAUUACACACCCGCAUUUAGGGCUAUAAAAGAAGGUAAUGACGAAAGACCACUGAGAAGUGCAUUUAGCGCCUAAGUUUCAAAGAUACCGUUAAGAAUUUUUCUUGCUAUUCCAGUUUCUAAGUUACCCACACCUACGCUCCCAGAUUUGAACCCUCUUCCUCACGACUACGACGGCGAAGGCGAAGGGGAAUCCAACGUAAGCCGUUCCACGGCAACGCCGACCGGCGAGAAAUAUAUUGAGGAUUGAAAAAUGGAUGAGACUAUGAGGCAACUCCAGCAAAAUUUGAUUGAGCUUGAAACUGAAGCUGAGCGUCUUCUUUUAGCCCGACAUCAGUUAGUUGAAAAUGAUAAAGUGAGGAAUGGGAACAGGGAAGCGCUAACAGCUCUGAGGAAGAGGGCUAGGACCACGAGAACCAGUAUUCCAUCUCCUUUUGAGUCAAUAAUGAAGGAUAUGGGGCAUCCUGGAACUAGGCCUUUGGUGAAGGAGGUAUGCACAACCUGCGGUGACCAUGACGCAAAUGAGCACACAUGGAUGAUGUUCCCAGGAACUGAUGUCUUUGCUAGAACUCCAUUUCAUGCUGCUCAUACUAUUUUGGAGACAGAUCAAACACAACUUGAUUAUGAUGCAAAAAAAUUGCAAAGCUAUGUGAAGGAGAAAUCCUUUCAUAUCUCAGAAAAAGGUGCCCUUGCUGACAAGAUCAGUCCUGGUGUGCUCAGAUCUCUAGUAACUUUGUCGGACAAACCAAAGUGACAGUUACAACAGCAGAGUCACCAAUUAGAGAGCACAGCAUUAGUUAAAAGACUGGCUGAAGAUGCACAGAUUUUGAUGAUUUUGACUUAAGACAAGAUUCUCAGGAUCCAACUUUCAUUUCUUUGUUAAGACGUUUGUGCUUUCAUGGUGAAGGCUUCAAAUGGUGGUGCACGAGUACAUGUGGACAAACUGAAAUGCCCAGAAUUGGUAGCGUCAUUGUAAGUUUAUAAAUUUGGGGAUGAUUUAUUUCAGAAUGAGACGUCGGCAUGCCAACGGCUUUAUUUAGUUUAAUUCAGUUUAAUUGGUACCAAAAAA